UAUAAAUAUAUAUAAAUGUGAUAUGGAAGCAGAGUAAUGUGAUUCUUGUUCCUCCAAGAGAGACAUAACUAGCAGAACAGUACUACACAAUCGUUGUUUUAGCAUCACAAAAGUAUUUCACACGUGCAUCAGCGUUGAAAAUGUAACAAUCAUGCAAGUGAGAGAGACAAAGUAUGAGUUGUAGAGUUUCCAUGAGGGAAACACUUGUUUAACAUUUAUGCAAUUAUGUUUACAUCCAAAUCUCGAUUAGUUAGCCUCAUUGAUACGAGAUUCCUUAUGUCUCAUACACUCAUUAUUACUUACUAUAUAUUGAGAACAUGCCAAUGGAAAUAAUGAAGCACAUUCAACAUCAAGCCUUAAGUGAUCUCUUUCUCUUUUCUUAAGGAAUUAAAAUGGCAACAUCUUCUUCUUUGAACACAAAAUCCAGUUUCCAUGGUCGCUCAAAUAGUUUGCCCUCUAGACCACAUCCACUUAUUCUUAAAUGUAAUCAACAUUUAGACACCUUAUUAAGUUCUUCCAACGAAACCUCUUCAUCAUUUCUUUUCCAUAAGAUAGGAAACUUGAGAGAUUUGAUUGAGUGUGUUGAAAAUGUGAUUCAGCUUCCACUAACACAAGAUGCACUUGUCCAUGAGCAUCAACAAAAUUGGGUAAAUAACAUUUUGGAUGGAUCUUUAAGGCUAUUAGAUGUGUGUAGUGCAGCCAAAGAUGCUUUGAUUCACACAAAAGAAUGCACAAGGGAACUUCAAUCCAUCAUAAGAAGAAAAAAAGGGAGUGAAGUGGAGCUCACUUCAGAGGUUAAGAAAUUCUUAACAUCUAGAAAGGUAGUCAAAAAGGCUAUCUCUAAAGCCUUGACAAAUUUGAAGGGCAAUACUAAAAAUUGCAACAUCUUAUCUACAAACAAAGACCAUCAAACAAUGGUUUUGAUUAACUUAUUACAAGAUGUUGAAGUGGCUACAUUGUCAACAUUUCAAACAAUACUACAAUUUAUCUCAGGAACCAAUACAAAGUCAAAGUCAAACAAUUGGAUUUCCAUUUCCAAGCUAAUUCAGUCUAAAAGAGUUGGUUGCUCGUUAGUGAUAGAUGAAAAUGAAUUUGCACAAGUGGAUGUAGCAUUGCAAUCCUUUGUGUUUAGCAAGAAUAACAAAUUUGAACAAGUGAAUGAUCUACAAAACAACUUGGAGAAAAUGGAGUUGUGUAUUCAAGACUUUGAAGAAGGACUUGAGUUUCUGUUUAGGAGACUCAUUAAAAUCAGAGUUUCAAUUCUUAAUAUCCUCAACCACUAGUUAGUUAUAUUAUAUGGGGAUCAAAUUUUUGUAGUUACAUAGAUAUAUACACUUGUAGAUGGAAAUCAUAUAUAAAUGUAAAUUUUGGCAAUAAUGAACUCAAUUUAUUGUUGCAAUUUUCUCUUGAA